UUGUUUUUGACGAUCUUUACCACACAGUAUCUGACAGCAGUGAAGGGGUGCAGGUUUCCUCUCUGGCCGGCCAUGAGCUGCAACAAGUUGUGUGUGCAGGCCAUGAGCAAUACCUGCAUCACUACUAGAGCCUUGAGAGAACAGAUACACACCAGACACUCACACUGUCUGAGAAGACACUGCCGUCUCAUCCCCAGGCAACAGAGUGGUGGUCUGUCGAAGAAUACAAGUUGCAGAAUUUUUCUUGAAGACACAAACAGAUCGUGUGCUACCGUGAGGCGAUGGAUGAGCUCCAGCCCUUUGCCGAGGCAAGGAGGUGGUGUGGUUAAUAUCUUCGACAGGCAGGCAAAAAGGAAACAAAAGAAUCGAGCGGCACUAGCGGAGGACGCGGCCACUUACGAUUAUCUCAGAGAUGAAGUUGCUUCCCAUGUAGUGGAUCGUGUGGCGGACGUGACUCGUUACUUCUCUGCAGCGUUGGACGUAGGUUGUGGGCGUGGUCAUGUUGCCAAGGUGAUGUCAGGUGAUCUCAUCGGCUCUCUGUACCAGUGUGACAUGGCUGAACAAGCACUGCUCACAAGCUCGUCAGUGCCUGGUGACGUACCUACACACAGACUAGUGGCAGAUGAAGAAUUCCUACCAUUCUCAAACAACACCUUUGACCUUGCCGUCAGUAGCUUAAGUCUACACUGGGUCAAUGAUCUCCCCAAGGCACUGUCUGAGGUAGCCAGAGUGUUGAAGCCCGACUCUCCUUUGGUGGGGGCCAUGUUUGCCGGGGACACUUUGUUUGAACUGCGGAGUGCUCUACAACUGACAGAACUCGAGAGAGAAGGAGGGUUUGCUCCACACAUCUCUCCGUUUGUACAGCUGCAAGACCUGGGGGGUCUACUCAAUGCUGCGGGCUACUCUCUCACCACCAUUGACGUUGACGAGGUCCAGGUGAACUACCCCACCAUGUUUGAGCUAAUGGCUGACCUGCGUGGGAUGGGGGAGAGCAACUGUGCAUGGAAUCGUCCGUCCUUUAUCAAACGCUCUACUCUCAAUGCAGCAGCUGCCCUGUACCAGGAGAUGUACAGGAGGGAAGGGGAGGAAGGUGUCCCGGCAACAUUCCAGAUACUCUAUUUCAUUGGCUGGAAACCUCACGUGUCACAGGCCCAGCCAGUGAAGAGAGGCUCAGCUACUGCAUCUCUCAAGGAUCUCAGUUCAACUAACACCACCACCUAACAACCAAGUCACAAACACUGUAUAAUCAUAGUCUAGAUAAGAUCAGGACCACUCAUUGUAAUUGUACGUAUGAUAAUUAUUUUCUUGAGCAGAUUCCAUAAUAAUUGUAAUAUUAAUUAA